GAGAGAGAGAGAGAGAGAGAUAUUGAACCUCAGAGGCCGACAUAGACAGUAGAGGUGAGACGCUAGCAAUUUCUCCCUAACUUGCUAAGCCCCUGGGCAGUGCAGAGAGGGUCCAUUUAGACGUGAGAACUUUGGGAUCCUGAAGGCGUGUUUCUCUGCAGCUCUUCGAGGGGGCUACAGUCCCGACCGUUCCACGUCUGCGGCGGGAAAGUAAAACCCUUAGACAGGAAGAGGAAUUGGGGUUGCAAAGUCAGAGAGAAUUUAGUUCCCCGAAGUGUGGCGCGGUUGGGGCUUUAUAUCCGGGACAAGCGAGUGUGUCACCACACUGUAAGCAAAUCCUGGGGCCUCUGCAAACCUGGUUCCAGGGAGCUGGCCCCACGCCCGGCUCGGAGUUCGAGACUCUGGCCACUCUGCGCUCUGGGACCGGCAGGCUGCCGACCCGGUGGCCUUUAUCUCUGUCCCUCUUUGUUCCUUUUAUCUCAGGCUCCGCAGGAGGCCCGGAGGGGCCACACUGCCUAUCGCCUUCUGGCUGUGCUACCUAUUCAAUGCCCCGAAGGUCUGAAGCUGCAGAGGCGCGGGGCCACCAAGGGUCUCGCUAAUUGGGCCAGGCAGUGACGCGGGACCAGUGGGCCCCACCCCCACCCCAGGGGCACCGACACCCGCGCGGGUCCCUGCAUCUACUUGCUCUGGAGUUGCACGAUGGCUCCGGGCCGGGCAGUGGCGGGGCUGCUGCUGCUGGCGGCCACCGGCCUGGGACUCCCCGCGGAGGGACCGGAGCUCUCCUUCAGCGAGGAUGUGCUGAGCGUGUUCGGCGCCAACCAGAGCCUUUCGGCCGCGCAGCUGGGGCGCCUGCUGGAACGGUUGGGGUCUGCACCCCACCAGGGAGCGCCGGAGCUGGGGCAGCUGCACUUCAACCAGUGUUUGUCAGCAGAAGACAUCUUUUCCCUUCAUGGUUUCUCAAACGCCACCCAGAUAACCAGCUCGAAUUUCUCGGCCAUCUGCCCGGCGAUCUUACAGCAGCUGAACUUCCAUCCCUGCGAGGAUCGGCCGAAGCUCAGCUCAAAACCGAGUCUUUCUGAAGUCUGGGGCUAUGGAUUCCUGGCAGUGACAAUUAUUAAUUUGGCAUCUCUCCUGGGAUUGAUUUUGACCCCAUUGAUAAAGAAGUCUUAUUUCCCCAAGAUUUUGACUUAUUUUGUGGGGUUGGCCAUUGGAACGCUGUUCUCAAAUGCCAUUUUCCAGCUCAUUCCAGAGGCAUUUGGAUUUGAUCCCAAAAUUGACAAUUAUGUUGAAAAGGCAGUUGCCGUGUUUGGUGGAUUUUACAUGCUUUUCUUUGUUGAAAGAACACUUAAGAUGCUACUGAAAACAUAUGGCCAGAAUGACCAUACCCACUUUGGAAAUGAUGACUUUGGUCCUAGAGAAAAAGCCCAUCAACCCAAAACAUUACCACUACCUGCAAUCAAUGGUGUUACGUGCUAUGCCAACCCCGCAGUCACCGAGCCUAAUGGACACAUCCACUUUGACACUGUCAGUGUGGUGUCCCUCCAGGAUGGAAAAACAGAGUCAAGUUCAUGCACCUGUUUGAAGGGGCCCAAACUGUCAGAAAUCGGCACAAUUGCCUGGAUGAUCACGCUCUGUGAUGCCCUGCACAAUUUCAUCGAUGGCUUGGCGAUCGGGGCUUCCUGCACCUUGUCUCUUCUUCAGGGACUCAGUACUUCCAUAGCGAUCCUAUGUGAGGAGUUUCCUCACGAGUUAGGGGACUUUGUGAUCUUGCUCAAUGCCGGGAUGAGCACUCGACAAGCCUUGCUGUUCAACUUCCUUUCUGCCUGUUCCUGCUACGUUGGGCUAGCUUUCGGCAUUUUGGUGGGCAACAAUUUUGCCCCGAAUAUUAUAUUUGCACUGGCUGGAGGCAUGUUCCUCUACAUUUCUCUGGCAGAUAUGUUUCCAGAGAUGAACGACAUGCUGAGAGAAAAAGUAACUGGAAGGAAAAAGGACUUCACCUUCUUCAUGAUCCAGAACGCGGGGAUGCUAACUGGAUUCACUGCCAUCCUGCUCAUCACCUUGUAUGCAGGGGAUAUCGAAUUGCAGUAGCAGGAAGUGGGAUGCGAUGUUUUGAAGGAAGGCAUUAAUAAACAAUGACACAAAAACAUCUCCAAAGGGAUUU